ACCUCUUGCCAUUGGCAGGCAACAUUUCCAAGGAGAGACAUUGCAAAUCCUUCAACUCUGUGCUGGGACAUGCAUCCUCUGAGCCUUUUCCUCUUUGCAGCCUGCUCAUCCUCUGUUUGGCUGAUGGAACAUAAGGCAUUGGAUGAUUUCGUGAACCUCCAUGAUCCUCACUAUCAAUACACCUUCCUGAAAAAAGAAGGAACUAGGACUCAUUCCGGUGCACCCUUCUUUCAUACCAUCAAUAUGACCUCCCAAAAGUGGCUGGAUGAAUCUGAAGUGGAUAAGCCAGUCUGGUCACAUAAACUGACAAUUGUGCUGCCCAAAGAAGGGGAAAUUAAUGAGUUGUGCCUCCUCAUAAUCAUGUCUGACCAGGAAGUCACACAUUCUUCGCGUGCGCAACGUACACGACAGUACCAAGGAUAUUUAUCAGUAGAAAUUAAAUCUGUUGUAGCAGUGCUGGAACAAGUUCCUGCCCAGCCGCUCACCUUCUAUAAACACCCUUUAGGACGUAAGAAUAUUAAAGAACGUGAUAUAUGGGCAUAUUCCUGGUGGAGGUUUCUGAAUGACCCUGAUGCACCCCCGCAUUGGCUUGUGCAGUUCCCAAUGGUCAAGGCCACAGUGAGAGCCAUGGACACAGUCACAGACUUCAUGAUGAAAACAUAUCAAAAAAACACCACACAGUUCGUAUUGACGGGUGUUUCCAUGAGCAGCUGGGCCGCUUGGCUGACUGCAGCCGUUGACAGUAGGGUUGCUGGGAUAAUUCCCGUUGGCAUGAAUUUUCUGAACUUCACUGAGAAUCUCCACCACCAAUUCCGAGCAUAUUGUGGCUGGUCUUACAUGUUGAGACCGUUACAUGAGAUGAAUAUAACUCAAGAGUUGGACAACCCCCGUUUCAGACUUUUGGCUUCACAUGUGGACCCAAUGGCAUACAAUGAGCGAUACGCUAACAUAGUGAAGUACAUAGUCAUUGCUUCAGGGGAUCAGUUUCUCCAGCCCGACAGCCCACAUUAUUACUUCGCUCAGCUAGAAGGCGAGAAGCAUUUGCGCAUCAUCCCAAAUGAUGAUUCCAGAUUUAACAGUUUGCUGAAUUUUGAUCCACGUAUGGUUUUCUUCAUUAGCAUCUUCAGUAUUUCUCAGCGUCCUUCCAUUUCUUGGCAGAGGACAAUGACAAAUACCACUGGAAUCAUCCAUUUCACCUCUGACAUCAAACCCGGAGACAUUUACUCCUACCAUGCUGACACUGUUGAUGGUACCAGGAGAGACUUCAGGAUGAAGAUAACAACUGGGAAUUCUUCUCAAGACGAUCCUGUAAAAUGGAUUAGGACAGGUGUUAAGCAUAUGGGAAAGGGUGUUUAUAAGAAGGAAAUGAAAAUUCCAGCCGAGGGAUGGAGGGCCUUCUUCAUUCAGGCCAUGUACCAAAGUACCGGAACUACUAAUUGGGAUGUAUUGACAUCAGAAAUCCACAUCAUCCCAGACACUUUCCCGUGUCCUGAUUGCAAUGGUGAUGGAUGCCAUGGAACGUUGGUCUGAAAACCUCCAAGAGACAUCAACAAAAUGAUUCAUGUUUCAUAAUAGAAUUUUGGUGGUGGUUAUAUUGCAUCAGCUCAAUAUCUUAAAUGGUGUAACCAGGAAAGGGGUACUAGAUGGAAGACUGUAGCUCUGGUGAUAGUAGAUAGCCACUUGGUUUUAAAAUGUAAACAGAUAUCUUCUGAUUAUUAGAAUAUUGGACCUGGAUUGGGGAGCCCUGAGUUCAAAUCCCCACUGGGCCAUAAAACUCUUUGCCUCAGCUUGGGGAACUUACUUUAUAUCAUUUUUUUUUAAUCUUAGAGGGGUUUCAUAAGGAAAAAAACUUGGAGGUUGCAACAUGUAUACUGCUUCAAGUUCUUUGGAGAAUGGGUGGGAGGAAUCACAAAAAAAUUACACAAUAAAGGCAAACACACUAAAGACAUUUGUCUGGGCAUAGAUUGCCAUAAGGUGGACAAGAAAUUGCAGACCAAUAUCAAUGGAGGUACAGAAGCUGAAGUUAUAGCUGCCAGACCUAUGCCACACAUUCUAGCACUGUAAGACAUAGAGGUGGUCAAUGGAGGCAGUGAGUCAGGGGGUGCCCAACCAGGCAACACCUGUAGCUGCCAGCAUAAUGAACCAAGAGUAGCCAGUGAAGGACAUGGAGCUAGCAACCAAGGGCCACCAAGAGUGAAGACUGAAGAGAGAAGUGGUGGGGCAUUCAAAGGGGCAACCGGGAAGAGUGACUGGGAAGGCACAGAGGUUUAAGAGGAAUUGAGGGAGCAAUUUUUUUUAAAAAAAGAAGCUUAGAAUUCAUGACAAAAUGUUGUUACCCUACAAUAAACAUAGUGUAAAAGUCUGCGGAAAAGCUUAAAGUCAGCUUUCUGUCCCAGGGGCUUUACAAUGGAAGUAUAGACAGAGAGAGGAAGAAGGAAAGCUAGAAUAAUAGAAAUUCAUUCAUAAAACAGCCUUUCCAGCCUCACACUGGUUGAAUGUUUCUGCUGAGGCGUCUUUACAUGUAUCUUUUAUUCUUUUAUUGUACUGGCUUUUCUGAUCAUAAAAUUAUUUUCUUUACACUAAACAGCAAGGUUUAGCUUCUCUUUUUCACAGAUAUACCUUAUAUAUAUAUAUUUUAUCCUACAUUACCCCAGACAAGCUCGGGCUGGUAUAGAGAGCUUUCCCGUCCCAAUUGUUGUCCUCAAAACAAAAACAAAAAAUCUGUGAAGUAGCUGAGAGAGUGGCUGGCCCAAAAUCACCCCGAGGGCUUCCAUAGCAGAGAGGGAAGUUGAACUUGGAUCGACACACUUUGGAUCUUGGCUUAGCUAUGCCAGUCACUCCCUCCCAAAGCUUUUCAGGGCAACACCAUGAGGGACAGCCAGAGAGAGCAAAUAUUUCAUGGCUAUCAAUGCUGUCCCCACAGUCAAAAUGAAGAGCCGGUGUUGGGACUUCAGAAAUGUUAAUGGAGAGUUUUCUGUAUCAUUACAUGCAUAAUUUAUCUGGUAAUUUCCACCUCUCUCUCUCUCAUGAUUUCUCAAGACAUUAGGACAUGUUCACUGUUAAUAACAAAUGGUACACUGAUUGCCUCAACACUAAAAUGGCUAACUCCUCUAGAUCUAUGAUUCUUCAAUCCAGUAUUUUCAAUAAAAAUGCAUUAUGCUAAG